AUGCCACCGAAGAAGAGAGCGAGGGCCGCAUCGUCUCGAGCUGACAGUGAGGAGCCGCAAGCGAAGCGCCAAACGCGAGGCGCCACUAAGAAAAACGCCAAUGCACUCCCUUUGGGCUCAGCCGAGGUCAACGAUGAAGCUGCUGACAAUGCAAGCCCAAAUACCACUACAGCUCCUGCCAAACAGAAACGCCGUCAAAAGAAGCAGAAGAGAGCCGACGCGGAGCCCGACGGUACUACCGUCACAAGAGACACGUUGUCCAACGCCGAAGAUGAUGCUACUACUACACUUAUAAUACCCGACCAGAAACCAACCACGGCUAAGCCGAACCUUGUUGACGAUCUGUUCGACUCUGUGAAGGAGGACGGAAACGAUGUUGGUGAUGAGACUGAUGACCAAAUAGCGACGACGUCAAAGAAGCUUGUGGUCCCAAUUGAUGAACAGUGCCCACUUGCUUCACAUCGCGUCUUCAUUGAUGCCGUUGACGGCGUCAUCUACGACGCCUCACUCAAUCAGACCAAUGCGUCAAACAACAAUAACAAGUACUACCGCAUUCAGCUUUUAGAAGGCGCCAAUGGCAACUACAAGACUUGGACGCGCUGGGGACGUGUUGGUGAACCGGGAAAAGGCCUUCUACUCGGUGAUGGCUCCCUCGAUGAUGCGCUGAGUCAGUUUGAGGCCAAGUUUAAGGACAAGUCGGGCCAUAAGUGGGCGGACAGGAGGGCAACUCCAAAGAACAACAAAUAUGUGUUUCUCGAGAAGUCAUACGAGCCAGAUGCGGACGAUGCGCCAACAACAGCUGGUGCCUCGAAGCGCAAAGUCAAGUCACUGAGAUCCAGCCUCCACCCUGCUGUGCAAUCGUUGAUGGAGCUCAUCUUCAACCAGCAGUACUUCGCUCGUACGAUGGAAAGCCUGAACUACGACGUGAACAAGCUGCCUCUCGGGAAGCUGAGCAAGGUGACUAUCACUCGUGGUUUCCAGGCACUGAAAGAUCUUGCUGCUCUGCUGCAAACGCCGAACCCAGCCGUGACAGAUGUGGAGCACCUCUCAAAUUCGUACCUAUCGAUCAUUCCGCAUAACUUUGGCCGUGGUCGCCCACCCAUCAUCAGAGACGUUGAAGUGCUGAAGAAGGAGGUCGAGCUGCUUGAAAGCUUAAGCGAGCUUAAAGAUGCGGACGACAUCCUCAAAGCUGAAGACGCCGGCUCUGUCGAGGAGAUCCACCCUCUCGAUUCCCGCUUCCAAGGUCUGGGCUUGUCAGAGAUGACGCCUCUGCUGAAAAGCAGUUCAGAGUACUCCGAACUCAGUUUGUAUCUCAGCAAGACUUGUGGCGAGACGCAUUACUUCAAUUACACCAUUGAGGACAUCUUCCGCAUUGAGCGCAACGGCGAAAGUGAGCGCUUCGAGAAGAGCGGCUUCGCCACGAUCGCUAGUGACAAACGUCUUCUCUGGCAUGGCUCUCGUACGACCAACUACGGCGGCAUCCUCAGUCAAGGCCUGCGUAUCGCGCCGCCGGAAGCGCCUGUCAACGGAUACAUGUUCGACAAAGGAGUAUACCUUGCCGACAUGUCGUCAAAGUCGGCCAAUUACUGCGCUUCAUACGAUUCUGACGGCUACGGGCUGUUGUUGCUGUGUGAGGCAGAGCUCGGCCAACCCAUGCAAGUUCUCCAACACGCCAAGUACGACGCCGCUUCCUCCGCCAAGGAGCAGGGUGUUUACUCGACGUGGGGCCAAGGCCUGACAGGACCGAAAGGCUGGAAGGACGCUGCUUGUGUGCACCCUUCGCUUGCGGGCGUCAAGAUGCCUGAUGUCAGUACGCCUCCUGGCGAAACGAAAGUGCCGACCGCAUAUCUGCUGUACAAUGAGUACAUCUGUUACGAUUUCGCUCAAGUCCGCCUGCGGUAUUUACUGAGAGUGCGGAUGUGA